CACAGUCAGCAUCUGGAACCUGUCCUCAAAAGCAAAGAUACUCCCUCAAACUUGAUGUCAAAGAUGGCAAGAUCUACAAUGAACAGAACUUCUUCCAGCGAGCUGCAAAGGCAGGCACAGUGCAGAAGUGGAAGAAGUGGCGCUCCGUGCCGUUGCUGGGAAUCCCCAAUUGUGUUGGCUUUGGACUUCAUGCAGAUAGCUACAGGUUUUUGGUGUUCUCUGACUUAGGGCGAACUCUUCAGUCCGUCCUAAAUGAUGGCUUACACCUACUGAGGGAGAAGGCAGCUUUUCAGAUUGUAGUCCGGCUGCUAGACUGCCUGGAGUACAUUCAUGAAAACGAGUAUGUGCAUGGGGACAUCACAGCUGAGAACAUCUACUUGAACCCAGCAGACCUCACACAGGUGACCCUAGCAGGCUAUUGCUUUGCGUUCCGUUACUGCCCAGGAGGGAAGCAUGUGGCUCAGCGUGAAGGCAGCAGGACCCCUCAUGAAGGCACGAUAGAGUUUAUCAGUCUGGACAGCCACAAAGGAGCAGGACCAUCUCGCCGGAGUGACUUGGAAUCUCUGGGCUACUGUCUUCUGAAAUGGCUCUGUGGCUUCUUGCCCUGGUCUGAUGAGCUGGACAAAGUAGAAACUGUGAUGGAAAAGAAGGAAAAGUACAAAGGAGAUGUGACAUGCCUUCUCCGACUGUGCUUCAGGCAGAGAUCCAUUCCAGAUGCCCUGCAGAGCUACCUGCAGCAAGUAAUGGCACUAGAGUAUGCGGAGAAGCCUGAGUAUGAGGCCCUGCGGCAGCUCUUCAAGAAGCCACUGGAAAAGAUGAAAGCUUCAGCUUAUGACUCUGUGGAUAUCAAAAUGGUGCCCUAA